AUGUUCACGAAAGACGUAUGGCGCUACGGCGCCCUCGACGUCCAGGACCCCACCACGGGCCAGAUCCGUCACGGCCUCCUCGUCGACCUGGUGGCCUACAGCCCCACCGACGUCACCCUCCUCGUCAACUUCGACCACCCCCUCCACCACGCCGUCCCCAUCCCCUACACCCAGUGCGUCGUCCCUGAUCCGUCUGUCGCCAAGGGCAACCCCCCGGAGACGCUGUACCAGUCCAGUCCUAACCACCCCUGGCGCUGGUACCCCUGCACCGUGCUGGUGGCCUCCCCGGACUACCUGUACGUGGAGAUGGGGGUGGAGGGGGCGCGGGUGCGGGCGGUGGUGCGGGGGGAAAGGGUGCGUCCGCGGGCGGGCGCGGCGGUGACACUGCUGCAGCAGUUUUGUCCGUUUCAGCGGCGGGAGGUGGGGUUGCCGCGGAGUGGGUGGCUGGCGGGGCUCCCGGGGCGCGGGGGGUUCUGGGGGGUGUGGAAGAGGGUUACCGGGACGAUUGGGGUGCGGGUGCGCGCCGGGAAGGUGAUUUAUAUUGCGUCCGGUGCGGAGGGGAUGACGCCGUCGGAAUGCGAAGCCUAUCUGCGUCGUAUCGGAAUUAUCCUGGAGGAAAACCGUCCCGUACCCCCGACACCCUUCCCGGAAUCCGUCGAAUCUCCCUCCCUCGCCAUCCUCCCGUCGGAAAUGAUCAUGGAGGUGUUUUCCCACCUCCCGGUCGACCAAGCGAUCCUCUCCCGUCGCGUCUGCUCCCAUUGGGAUGCGGCGUUGAGCGCCCCCACCGUGUCUUCCCAUCUCCGUGUGGACGUGUCCCGUUGCGGUGAACGGCAGCUGGCCGGCCUCCUGCAGCAUUGCGUCACCAGCGCCACGCGCGUUCUGCAUCUGAAAGGUCACGGCCCGGACGCCCCGCUGUACACCGUGCUGGGUAUGUUGGCGGCGCGCGGCUUGACCAUCCCGCUGAUCAUCCUGGACAAUCUGACCGUCCAGGCCGAGGAACUGCUGGACUACAGCGACCCCAGCAUCCUGCAUCUACGCGCCGAAUGGCCGCGCAUCUGCCGGCGUUCUCUGUGGCGCGACGUGCGCGUGACGGAGCUGCUGGAGUCGCAGAUGUUCGCCGAGUACCGGGCGCAGUUCACGCAGUACAGCGCCGCCGUCGGCCAGCUGCACAGCGUCAUGUACCGCUUCAGCGCGGCCCGGCUGGGCGUCACGCUGGACCUCAUCCCGCACGCGGUACUGGAGUUCCGUGAACCGGCCGACGCGGAGACGGUGCUGAGCGUGCUGGAGACGGCCUGUCCGCCCGUGGACGCCGAUUGGCGCAUCACCGUCGAGUGGACGAAACGGGCGCAGUCGGCCGCCGGCUGUGAACAGAUGCUGCGGGUUUUUCGCAAAUGGCAGCCGAAUGAUCCACGAUUGCGCAGUCAUCCCAAACCGGAAGUGGUCAUCGCCAACCUCCCCCUGGGUACACUCCGCAAGCUGGGACAGCACGCGCUCAUCUACAAUUUCCGCGGGGUUACAUAAACGGCAGGGGCACUUAUCGGCAACGGAAUCAAUCGGCAAUUUAUUUCGUUCCCAUUUCUUCCGCGACAUUUUUUUAUAGUAAUUUUUGUGAGAGUUUGCGGAAUGGUAAAAUCGUCGAGCUUUGCAUGGGUAGAAAUCCGAGCCAGUGUGAUGAGUAUUUGACUAACGGCAUUUGUCUUUGCUUUUUCGUAGAUUUUAUUACUGUGUUGAGAAUGUCGGAAUAUUCCUCGAAAUUCCGUUUCUGGUACGCGUAAUUGUUUUCUCAAAGUUUUGCCAUGAUCUCGUUUCUGUAUUGAACAAUAAUGCCGGCAUCAAGAAGCAUUCAAAAUUUGCGGUUUUACGGUAAUUUUUUAUUAUGAUUUGUUCGCUCGAAAUUAUUGG